AAAUGGACAACUUUCUAACUGCUGACUGCCAUGAGUGUUUUGAUGAGAGUCUUCAAGAGUCUUUUGUAGUUUGUUGUUUUCAAUCAAUGUUAGUUAGUUCUUAAACUUUGUUAAUCUUAUUUUGUUUACAGUUAAUCUUUGAAAUCAUGGUACCAUCUAUGAGCUCAAAAAGCCGCUAUGAAAAGAUCAAAUAUCUUGGAGAAGGACAGUUUGCCACUGUUUACAAGGCUCGUGAUAAUCAGAAUGACACCAUGGUUGCCGUGAAAAAAAUUAAACUAGGAACACGAGCUGAGGCUAAAGAUGGUAUCAAUAGAACUGCGUUACGUGAGAUUAAAUUACUUCAAGAGCUUCACCAUGAAAAUAUAAUAGGUCUUCGUGAUGUUUUUGGACAUCGUUCAAAUGUUUCCUUGGUUUUUGACUUUAUGGAAACUGACUUGGAGGUUAUAAUUAAAGACAUGAGUAUCAUAUUAACACCAGCUAUAAUCAAAUCUUACAUGUUAAUGACUUUACAAGGCUUAGAAUAUUUACAUCUAAAUUGGAUAUUGCAUCGUGAUUUGAAACCCAACAAUCUUCUGAUUGAUGGAAAUGGUGUCUUAAAAAUUGGUGAUUUCGGUCUUGCCAGAAGUUUUGGAUCUCCCACUAGACUUUAUACUCAUCAAGUUGUUACUCGUUGGUAUCGAGCUCCUGAACUUCUAUUCGGUUCCAGGAUGUAUGGAACCGGUGUAGAUAUUUGGGCAUUGGGUUGUAUACUCGCCGAGCUUUUGCUUCGAAGACCUUUUCUACCUGGAGAAACUGAUUUAGACCAAUUGGACAAAAUUGUUCAAGUUUUGGGAACUCCAAAUCAACACAAUUGGCCUAACGUUGAACACUUACCCGAUUUUGUGGUCUUCAAACCUUGUGUUGGAACUCCUUUACGUGAUAUAUUUACAGCCGUUUCAGAUGAUCUUCUUGAAAUGAUGAAUAAAAUGUUGAUAUAUGAUCCACUCGAUCGAUGUACAUGCAGCCAAGCUCUGAAAAUGCCCUAUUUUAUCAAUAAACCAGCCCCAACACAGCCUCAGUUCAUGCCUCGGACAAAAUCUCAAGAUGAGAAACCUCAAACAGGAUUAGAACGUAAAAGACAAGGAGACAAUAUUUCAUCUAUGGCUAAGCGAUUAAGAUUUGACAAUAUUGACGAUUGACGCGGUUGGUAUUAAUUAUUUCCAUUCCAAAACCCAUUAUGUUUAAGAUCUGAUCAUCAAGAAACUUUUAAAAUUUGCACUCAAAAACAUUAGAGUCCUAUUUAUUUUAUAAUUCAAAUGUCUAGAACUAAACUUCAAGAAACUGUUAUUCGCCAGCCAAAUUUUAAUGGUGAAAAUAUCAUGAACAAUUACUUUGAAUUACAUAAUUUGCUUAAAAUGUAUCACGGGAAAUAAAUAAAUGACAUGUGAUGUCUCUAAUUAAAGCCAAUCUUUCAUUUUAUAACAUUAUAGUUUACAUUGAAAGAUGGUGACCAAUUUUAUU